AUGGCUGAGCUCCAUACGCUGGAUGUCCUACUUCUCAGUGUUAUAGCGGCUGUCACAUGGUAUGUCUACGCCCGAGGUCAAAGAGCAAAGGAGUGCGUCAAAGUGACUGUGGCUGAAGACGAGAAACUACCGGAUCCGGAUCCUCUCUGGGAUUUUGACCUAGCCACAGCCACAACUCGGAAUCAUCUGUACGUUAACAAGACCGUACGAUGGCCGUAUCACCAGACGAUGUCGCAUCAGCCGAUGCAUAUCAAUGACUGGAUAGAAAUCGACAAGGAUUACAAGUGGUACAUUGAUGAGAAAGCGCGCGUCAUUGCAGAGAAAGGGAAGCAUGUCAUCGAUUCCUGUCCCGACAAUGAUGAAGCAUGCGGGGAACUCAUGGAGAUCUUGGUCGAUUAUCUCCCGAAGAGGUACCCCACGCUUUUUGAGAAAAUCGACUGCGAAGGCGGUGGCAUCUGGAAUAAAGUCACCGACGAGAAGUUGAUCGGGUUAGAAGGGAGAAAAGGAGUCGAUGCGCUGACUGUCUGCUCUCGGCUGGUACAAGACGAUUUCUUGAUGGGACGCGAACGUGAAGAUGGCUCUGUCUACUUCACGGGAGGCCUCGUCGCAUUCCCUGGGUUCUACCUUCUCUCCAAGAAGAUCAAUAAAACCUUGAGAUAUGCUCACGCUCCCGUGCCAUACUUCAAUGAAAAGCUCUUGCUGAGUGUCGAACGGACUUUGAAGCGAUUCAAACCGAAUGAGCCGUUCGAACGUACCAGUUGGGAGAUCGUUGACGAUCGCAACCUUCAUUGGCGUAUGUGGUCCGGCGCAAAACUGCCGAAGGGUUUCCAUCCCAAGGACCUCUUCUUCCGUGUCGAUCAUCAAACUUUCCGGAAGUUACCAAGGACAAAAGGGAUAAUUUUCGGAGUCCAUCCUAUCAUGAAACGUCUUGAAGACCUCGAGGACAGCCCACUGGUGCCGAUGCUUCUGGCAAAAGUGCAUGCCGAAGCCGAUGAAAAGUUGAUGAAGUACAAGGUAGCGCCCGCGUACCAAGAUCUGAUGAUGCCCUAUCUGGCAGAAUUGACCGCUCGGCAAAUUGAGAAGGGCCUCAUAACGUAUGUGGCGUAUGGUGUACUACGGUGUCCUUGA